GACGCCUGACCACGCUCUUCAUCUUCGCAAAUCAGUGCGCCUAACUUGCCGCGAUGGAGCCCCGCAUGACGUAAUACUCGCGCGAAUACCCUAUACAGUGGCAAGGAAUCUUCAGGAUCCGGUUGUUCCGCCUUGCUCACUGGGCAGUGCCAUCGACGAAGACAGGAGAGUUCAGUGGUAGGGGUGAUCUGCACCAGAGGUCUCUGACCAGGCUUGGACGGCAAAAACAGGAUUUUCGAAAGUGGAAGCGCUUAUGUGUGCCUUAUCGAUACGUCAACCUCCUCUCCACCACCACCCGGCUCCUCGUAUAGCGUAGUUGGUGGUGCCCUUGAAAAGGACCCCGAGACGGGUCAUCGGUGGUCAGUCUCUUUCCGUCUUGAGACCUGUCCGGUUCCCUGAGUGUCGUCAUGGGAUCCAAAGGAGUGGUGCUCGUCCUGGCGCUCGUAUUGUUCAUGGUGUGCUUGGCAUAUUGCCAAAGACACGGAGGUGGUGGCCGUUACCCGCCGCAUGGAGGCGGGGGUCGCUACCCACCACAUGGAGGCGGCGGUUAUCCAGGCGGAGGCGGUGGCUACCCCGGCGGUGGCGGAUAUCCAGGUGGUGGAGGAGGAGGAUACUGUGGUGGUCGCCGAUGUGGACCAGGCUACCACUGCCGUGGCGGCCGCAGAUGCGUCCCAUACGGCAGAUGAAGUUUUCCACUGGCAAGCCCCGAGUCAGUUUCAGCGCCGGGCGACAUCAUGCUCAAGCAAUAAAGUCUG